GUCAAUACGCGCGCUAACGGUCAACCGCUAAAAUAAUCAACUAUAUAAAAAAAAACACACAAACAUCAGGGCGCCCAGAUUUAAAAGAACACACGACACGCCGCAAAAAUUUUGAUUGGUCGAGCCAAAAAAAAAAAAAAAAAAAAUCAAAUACAAAAUACGAAGUGUUAGUUCAUCAACAGCUGCGUCAAUUUCUUGAGCAAGGAGCCAGCCCCAUUCAUUAGCCAAUUCCAACGCCUAAACGAUUUGUAUCCGAUCGCCCGUCUGACCCAGAAAUUGGACGUGCUCAAUAUGUCGUCGUCGACGUCGUCUUCCAAUUUGGACAAGGAAUGCCCCGUUACCAUUGAGCUGGUGCGUCCCGAGGAUACACCUGAAGUUCUGGCCAUGCUCAAGACUUUCUUCUUUAAGGAUGAGCCACUGAAUACAUUUCUUGAUCUCGGCGAGUGCAAGGAACUGGAGCAAUUCUCAGUGAAGCCCCUCAAGGACAACUGCUCGUACAAGGCGCUCAACAAGAAGGGCGAAAUCAUAGGCGUCUUUAUCAAUGAACUCAUGCGACGACCUUCAGCAACUGAGCCGGCUGAUAAGUUGGCCGAUCCCUGCGAACAUCCCAAAUUCCAAAAGAUACUCAGCCUAAUGGAUCACUUGGAGGAGAAAUUCAACAUAUUUGAUUUGUAUCCGAAUGAGAAUUGCAUACUCGAUGGCAAAAUACUUUCCGUGAACAGCAAUUAUCGCGGCUGCGGCAUUGCCGGAAAGCUGACGGAACGUGCCUAUGAGUAUAUGCGGGAGCAUCAGAUCUCCGUCUACCAUGUGCUGUGCUCCAGCCACUAUUCGGCGCGCGUUAUGGAGAAGCUGGGCUUCCAUGAGGUCUUCAAACUGAAUUAUGCGGACUAUAAGCCGCAGGGUGCGGUCGUCUUUAAGCCGGCCUUGCCGCAUGUUGCCGCACGCGUCCUGGUCAAGGAGCUGGACCAGGAUAAGCCCAAGUCUGUGUUGUAAUUGUAAUGAGCCAAUUAUGCAUUUCAUAGAAAAUAUGUGAUUUUUAGUUUGUAGUUCGGUGGCGGGAUUUUUAAGUAUAUAUUAUUCAAUCGAGAAUCGUGCGCUCAUUUCAUUCUUCUUUUGUGCUUUCAACUUCAAAUUAGUAGAAAAAUAUACAAGUACAAGCUAUACAAACAUUUACGUAAUUAAAUGCGCCCAACGCGAGGUUAAUUUAAGUGUUCAAUUUGCUCAAAGAUUGCUUAAUUAAAAGAAAU